AGGAAAUCGGAGAGGGGAAAACACUUUAAAUCACCAACCCAUCUCUUUUUGAAGUUGAAAAAUCUGAGAUGCAUUAGAGUCCAGAGACCUCCCUUUGCUUAAGGGCUGUGAUCAGACGCCUGGUUAUGAGGAAGUUAUUAACGACCCAGAGGAACAAACCCACCCAAUGGCUCGUUUUUGCCAGCCAGGCUGCACGGAGGGAUGGAGUCCAUGAUGUGUCUGUGCCCACAAAGCAGCGGGUGCUGCCUGCAGUUGCCUUUUGUUUUGCUGUUUUUCACUUGCUCUGAAUGAUUGACCCACAGUGAGACCUUUCCUGACCAUCUGCCCAUCACAUCUCACCAAACAGCACUGUCAAGGAAAAAGGUGUAUGGUGUGAAUAUGCGUUGCUUGGCAGCUCGGGUCAACUACAAGACUCUGAUCUUCAUCUGUGCCCUCUUCACCCUGCUGAUGGUGCUGCUUUGGAACCGGUGCUCCUCCGACCGCGCCGGCCCCUUCCCCCGGAGCCUCCCCGGCCCCGACCGUCGAGGAGGAGCCGCCGCCGCCGCCUCCGAGAGCGACCCGUCCCGGCAGCAGAGCGAGGAGGCAUCUCCCCAGGAACAGCAAAAAGCUCCCCCCAUCGCUGGGGGCUUCAACAAAGCCCCGGGGCUGAAGUACGAGGAGAUUGACUGUCUGAUCAAUGACGAGCACACCGUCAAAGGGAGGAGGGAAGGCAACGAGGUCUUCCUGCCGUUCAGCUGGGUAGAGAAAUACUUUGAGGUUUAUGGGAAAAUUGCUCAGUACGAUGGUUAUGACAGGUUUGAAUUCUCUCAUAGCUACUCCAAAGUUUACACACAGCGAGCACCUUACCACCCCGACGGGGUCUUCAUGUCCUUCGAGGGCUACAACGUAGAGGUUCGGGACAGAGUGAAGUGUAUAAGUGGCGUUGAAGGCGUGCCCUUAUCCACCCAGUGGGGACCUCAAGGCUAUUUCUACCCCAUCCAGAUCGCGCAGUACGGCUUGAGUCACUACAGCAAGAACCUGACGGAGAAGCCACCUCACGUGGAGGUGUAUGAAACGGCCGAGGAGAAGGACAGGGCUGGCAGGGCUGGGGACUGGACGGUGCCCAAAGGCUGCUCCCUCUCCACCGUCUCAGACAAAGCCAAGUUCACCAGCGUCAAACAGUUCAUCGCUCCAGAACCCACGGAGGGAGUAUCUCUGCAGCUUGGGAACAGCCGCGAUUUUAUUAUUUCUUUUGAUCUCAAAUUCGUAACGAACGGGAGCAUUUCCGUGGUGCUCGAGACGACAGAGAAGAACCAGCUCUUCACCGUGCACUAUGUCUCCAACACCCAACUCAUCGCUUUUAAGGACCGAGACAUCUACUACGGCGUGGGCCCCAGGACUACCUGGAGCACCCUCACCAGGGACCUGGUCACCGACCUGCGCAAAGGGGUGGGCCUCUCCAACACGAAAGCUGUGAAGCAAACCAAAAUCAUGCCCAAGAGAGUGGUGAGGCUGGUGGCGAAGGGUAGAGGCUUCCUCGAUAACGUCACCAUCUCGACCACCGCUCACAUGGCGGCUUUUUUCGCCGCCAGCAACUGGCUGGUGAGGAACCAGGACGAGAGGGGUGGGUGGCCCAUCAUGGUGACGAGGAAGCUGGGGGAAGGAUUUAAGUCCUUGGACCCGGGUUGGUACUCGGCCAUGGCGCAGGGACAGGCCAUCUCCACCUUGGUGAGGGCCUACCUGCUGACGAAGGACCACGCGUUCCUCAGCGCGGCCCUGAGGGCCACGGCGCCCUACAAGCUGCCGUCGGAGCAGCGCGGGGUGAAGGCCAUCUUCAUGAACCGGCACGACUGGUACGAGGAGUACCCCACCUCCCCCAGCUCCUUCGUCCUCAACGGUUUCAUGUACUCCUUGAUCGGCCUCUAUGACUUAAAAGAAACAGCCGGGGAGAAGCUGGGGAAGGAGGCACAGGUCCUCUACGAGCGAGGCAUGGAGUCUCUGAAGGCCAUGCUACCCCUCUACGACACGGGCUCAGGGACCAUCUACGACCUGAGGCACUUCAUGCUGGGCACCGCUCCCAACCUGGCCCGCUGGGACUAUCACACCACCCACAUCAACCAGCUCCAGCUCCUCAGCACCAUCGACGAGUCCCCCAUCUUCAAAGAGUUCGUCAAGAGGUGGAAGAGUUACCUGCGAGGCGGCCGGGCAAAGCACAACUAGAGCUUUACAACCAAACCCCUGGGACCUGCUGCUUCCCACAGGGACAGCUUCCAAGGUCCCGGCGGCAAUUUUUUACGGACCGUUUCAAAGAAGUGAUCCUUAAAAAAGACUGAUCUCCUGAAACCAUUGCAUUCCAGUGUGAAAAUGUUCGGGUCUGAUGGGUAGGAUUCGGGAACUUCACCUGUCCUUAGUGCUCCACUGUCUGCACCCCUUUAUGCUCCUGAGAUUUGGGGACGUUUUUUGGGUUGGUUUUGGUUUGGUUUGGUUUUUUUUUUUCCUUUUCAUAGGAAAAUAUUUGCAGAAGCCAUAACAGGUCCCUAAAGUCCAGCACUUGCCUGAAAAGUUAGUCUGUGGCCUCUUUUAAAAUGGAGUCAUGUGUGUCUGUGUUGGAAGAGCAUAACAGAUCGUGUGGUGUUCACACCGUGGAUGUGGAUUUACAUGUAGCCCGGGGAGUGGACAGUGAUAUCUUUUUAAAGGUGUUUUGGGUUUUUUUUUUUCAUAGGGUUUCUUUCCUUGGGGUGAAAAAUACACCUUUUGUGGGUUGGGUUUUGGGUGUUUGGUUUUUUUUUUUCUUCCAGUUGGCUUUUGACAGACGUGUGGAUGGAGAACACGCAGACACCGUUCGGGCCGGGAGGUCACCUCACGAAAGCACAACCCGGUGGGGCUCAUGGACCUCCCAAUGCCUGCAACCAUCCCACCGCUUUGGAAGCCAAAUUUGCCAUCAUCCAUCAGGUUUGCUGGUGUCGUGUCCUCCCUGGUAGCUGGAAUCUCUUGUCACGAAGCCCGAUGUUUUGUCCUUUCUUUUUUAAUUACAUCUGAGAGGUUUCUUCUGAGAGGCAGCUUCAUUCCUUGGGAGACUUGUCUUGAACUCCCGAGCGUGACAUGGAGCUCGUUUUGGUAGCGCAGGAAAUUCAGUUGGAAUUAAGGUUUUCAUGUGGUGAUUUUCAUUUUUAACCUGCUUGUGAAUAUCAAGCAUUUUAAAAAUUAAAAAUCCCCCCCUGAGGGCUUUCCAGCUCCCCCUGUGCUUUAGUACCAAGUUUCACCUCUGCCUGUUGUCUUGCUCAUGGUGUAAGGGGUCACUUCAUCUCCAGCGCUGGCUUCUUGGCUGGGCUUUGUCUUUGGCCCAAACGCUCUCACCGCAUGCCGUGACGCUGAAGAAACCAGUUUCUUUUUCCUAUUUAUUGAUCCUUUCCACCCAUUUGUUCAUCUGCCACCUUGAUCCGGAAGAGUAAACCCAAUCAUUGUAGGAGCUCUGCGGAAAAAGACCUGGUGGACAACAGGGUGACCGUGAGCCAGCAAAAUGCCCUGGUGGCCAAGAAGGCCAAGGGCCUCUUGGGGUGCAUUAAGAGCAGUGUGGCCAGCAAGUUGAGGGAGGUCAUCCUCC